CACAUAUUUUCUUGACUGUUAAGUUGUUCCCUCGACGACUCUUGUCGUGUGUGUGUGUGUGACAAACACAGAAUGUGUUUCAGUGAAGCCAGAUAUCGUUUGAUCUGGCUGCUGUGCGUCAUGUUCCUGGCUUGCACUCAUGACCCGUGCCGACCACAGAUUAUCGGAACACUCUGACAUAUCUGCAGCGGGCAGACUGUUCCUCGACAGACAUUUCGGAAUGUCUUAUCAGGAAGGAGGCGGCUACAAGAGCAAGUAUGAGGAACUGUGCACGGCUCAAGCAGGCAGAGCUUUGUCUUCCGUCCGCACUUGGACCACAAGCGCCAACCAACAAGGCUUCAGGUUGACAUCCGCACUCUGAGAAAUGUGAGUGACUCCAGGCAGAGGAGGAGAGUAGUCUGCAGCCUUCAUCAUGUCCGUCAAACUGUCAAAAAGGCCGAGCAGCAAAAAGAAAAAGAACCAAAAGGAGAACCCUCAAGUUGAGGUGCUUUUGAAACUUGGGCUGGAGAACUUCUGGAAAAGGCCACUGGACCCAUCAUCUCUGUCGGAGAUAAAUUCCUGGAAGUGCAACGCGGAAGCUCCGCUCCACCACAAAGAUCUGCCACAAGCCUUUCUGUGGCGUCUGUGGCUUCUGCGGCCAGACGCUCGCCGCGUUUGCAUCGAUCGCACAGGCACAGAGGAACCAAUCGAUGGAGACGUCAACCCACUUGAUCUGGUCACAGCAGUCCUCCUGUCCUCAGACACAUUUCUUCAGCAGGAGAUCAUUGUGCGCAUGGUUCAGUGCCAGUUUGCGGUCCCUCUGCUGCUCCCUCCUUUAAAUCCAGAGGAAGCCAGCAGCUUUCUUCUGUGGCCUCUGAGAGGAGUGGUGGGCCGGUGGAGGUCCCGCUUCAGAGGCCAGAUCCAGGAGGAACCUCUGGCAACCACGCCUGUCCCACUGGUUUCCUGUGUGAAACUUGGUAGUUGCAGUUUAUCCAAGUCAAAUGUGCUGAACCGAAUUCUCAGUGGGAACAGAGCGUACAGUGAGGUGUUUCUCCACAGAGGAGCGGAGGGUGGGCAGCAUCCACGGAGACUCUCCAAUGGCCUGGUGGAGUUAGGCUGCCACCGACCCACUGGUGAUGGAGAUACGUUCCUCCACCCUGUGCUCAUCUGCAACCUACGAGGUGACGCCAGCUUGCACGAGAAGUCCUUCACGUUUCUCUGUCAGACGUCUUCAGCGGUGGUGGUUUUCUGUGAGAACCUCAGGGAGAAAGACAAGCGACUUCUUGUUUCUUGCAGAGAAACGGCUCGCAGGCUCAUCUUGAUCGACCUCUCCGCCUCCGGAGAAAAUAGAAACGUGGGUUUUGCAGACCAGAACCUCAACGAGUUCUUGAGGCUUCCAGAGGGCUCAGUCUUGCAAGAACGGGAGAUGAGUGAGGAGAACCUUGCUCAGAUGUUAGGUGGAGCUCUGGCAGAUUUAUUACCAGGGAAUCUAGAACCUGUCACUCUGGAGGCUGCUGGGAAAGUGGCAGAGGGGCUGGGAAUGAACAUGGACGAAGGCGUUGCUUGCAAAAAGGCGAUGGCUAUGGUGGAGGAGAUCUUGAAACCUCUCGCUGAGAUGGGGGUUCUUGAGUUUAAGCAAAAACAGCUGCCACUGCAGGGAUAUCUGUGGAAGAAACUGGCUAAUAUUCAGAAAGCAGAGAGCAAACUGGAGAACAGCAAACAGAAACCGGACGAGAAGCUGAGGAAAGAAAGGGAGGAUGUGUUGGCCGAGCUGAGUCGGUAUAAGAUGACAGCCUCAAUGAAGAUUUUCACCGAUGCCCUUUUCACAGGCGAUGUAUCAGAGCAAACAUAUUUUCUGACCUGGAUGAAGCUCAGGCUUUCGACCUUUGAAAAAGACUCUGACAAGCUUUCUGCAAAUCAGCAGAUUGAUCCCGCUGAUGUUGCUUCUGCACCGUUAGGAUUCAAGCAAGACAUCGGAACGGACGAGGAGGAGUCGGACAGCUUCUACACAGACACGUUCGAGGACGAAGACGAGAUGCAAGAGCUGGACGUGAACAAUGAAGCGCAGGGCUCCGCUCAACUAACCAGGUCGGAGCAGAGUCAGAAUCACGGCGAAGAUUCCAGUCAAACAAGUGGAGAGGUGGGUGAAAGAAGCUGUGCUCCAGUGGAGGACAGGAAGUUGCCGUCCAGACAGACCUUGCAUGGUGACACGGCGUCAGGCUCCCAACUGCCUCAACCCUCCCUGGGCCUGGAGCACUUUUUGCGUGAGCUGGGCCUGAUAUUUGAGCUGACUCACACCUCCGCCGGCAGCGGGAGCCACCACGUGCUCCGUCUGCCGAGUGUGGCCGCCGACCUUCUGCUCCGCGGCGUUCCCAUUGAACUCAUGGACGGAGAGGCCUCUAACAUCCCCAUCAAAUGGUUGGGGUCAGUCGUGGCAGAGGUCAACCGGAGCCUGUCCCGGAAGCAGUUGAGGAUGCAAACUCUGACCUGUCUGGGUCCACAUCAUGCGAGGAAUUCAAAGGUCCUGUCUGCCUUGUUUGGCGUUUCCUUUCCUGAUGGCUACAGAAACUCGAGCAGAGGGGUGUACAUGGUCGCCAUGCCUGUACCCCAAACCCUGCGGCAGCAGACGGAGUGUGACUUCCUGUUGUUAGUAGACGUCGAAGGUCUAUGUUGCUCUGCUUCCAGCAAAACUAGGCUACAGGACACUGAGAUGGCCACGCUAGCAGCAGGACUGAGUGAUGUUCUGCUGCUCAACAUCUCUUCUUCUGAAGAUUCAGAUUGGGAAACCGACCUUGGUGUCACAGUCAACGCCCUGCUCUGUGUGGCAGAAUGGGGCUCAAUGCCGCGCUGCCAUCUUCUGUCCCAGGAUGAAGGAAUCAACAGCGUGCUAGUUGCCAGGCAGAUGGUGCGUGUUUGUAACAUGCUGCAGGGAAUGAACCAUCGCAAAGAUGAUUCGAACAAAACCCCCUGUCCUGUUUCCAUGGACAUGGUGCCUUUGGGCGACACGCCUCGAUCCCAACCUGCAACUCUAGAGCGCAGUCAGGCCGUGGUCCACCUGAAGACGUCUCUCUAUGAAGCCUUAAAGACGUCUGCGAGUCAGAGCCCAAGCUGCGGAUGGCCAGAAUUCACGAGGCGGCUUUGUUCCCUGUGGGAAGCAGUGAAAUCGCAGUCAUUUUCAGUGAGUUUACAAAGCACUGACGUGGCAGUGGCUUUCUCAGUUCUGUGCACAGAGUUUUCUAAGUGUGAGGAGCGUUUGAGGGACCAGGCUGAGAGCUGGCUGCAGGGUGCAGAGCGGCGCAUGUGUGGCACGGAGGUCAGCACCGGUGGGAGCUCAGCCCAGAGCCCCGUCCUGCGUAACCUGACGGAUGAAGGCAGAGCAGAGCUCCAGGGGCUGAUCGAAACGCUCCGCUCCCAAGUAGAGACGUUCAUGCUGAACCAUCAGCAACUUCAAACCCACUUGGAGCCAUUUAAAACCAUCGUCAUGAGCAACGCGGACAAGCUCCAGGAGGCGAUGACAGAAGAGCUUGUACAGAGACUGGAAAACAGCUACGAGCGCCACUGCUACUCCACACAGCUGAACAAGUUUGAAGCUUCGCUUUGGACGCAACAAGAGUCCAGGCUCCUCACACUGGUGGAAAACAGUAAAUCGACCCAACACCUCUACCAAGAUGAGGAAUUGGAAAAGGAAUUUGAAGACAUGUGGAGCCUCACUGCAUCCAAGUUUGACUUUAGGCCUUCAGAAAGCCCCAACAUCACCCAUGAAGUGAAGGAAGUUCUGAGAGAGAAUCUCAUUGGUCGUGGCUUGCAGAAGCACAUGGACAAGGUUUCAGGUGUGGGUCAAAAUCAGACGGAUGUCUUUCAGAUUCAUGACGAAUACUUUGGAUAUCGGAGCAGAGUAGCGCAUAUGUUCGAGGAAAACAACAGGCCUCUGAGGGAGGAAGCCACUCUGCUCGCCAGCACCAUCAUUCAGGAAUAUAAACAGUUUGCGGCGGAGAAGUCAAAGCUACCUGCGGACUUUUCCAUCAGCUACGUGACAGAGAUGCUGGAAAACGUUGAGAGGGCUUUGAGGGAAAAGGCGAUGCAGAUAAGGUCUGUCUUUGAAGUGGAUCUGAAAGUGCAUCUCUGCAACGCGGCGUGCAGAGACUUCCAGAGUCUGCACGACCGAUACUGCAGGGACCGUGAGCUGCUGAGUCACAUCAACUCCAGGAAGCCCACAAACAUGGCGGACUUCGUUUAUCACUUCAGGAAGAGAGACCAGUGCCAGAGAGUGGCGCAGGCCUUUGUUUCGGCUGUCCUGGAACCCAUGGUGUGGGACUACAUCCACAGACCCUUAGGGCCACGCAUCGCAGAGGAGAUCCAGGAGAAAUCACAGCACUUCUCGUCCAGAGUGGACUUCAAUCAGAAUCUGCUGGCUGAGCUGAUGAAGGCACCGCAGUUCGACGGCUUCCUUGGGUACUUGCUUUCCUAUAGCAACUUCCUGCUGGAGCGCAUCCGGCUGUCAGUCACCUCCCACCUCUCUGGCUCUAACACAGUCAACAAGUGGAGGCAGCAGCGUCUGGGAGAGAUCAUCGGGAAGGUGGCAGCAGCCGUGAGCGAGACGGCGGAGGGCACCAGCGGCGUGCUGAGCGACACCCAGCCGCUCCUGGAGCUGCUGUGCCUUUCCCUGGAGAGAGACGGCGACGUCAGAGUCAACAGGGACCCCCUGAGCGGCCCCGCGUUUAGCAUCACCACGGAGUGGGAUCGCUUCAUCACAUGUUUAAUGGAGCUGCUGGCAGCGCUGCGCCUGGACCUCGCAAGGCAAUUCACUCAGGCAAUCCAGGCUGACCGACUUCUCCCCUCCCUCCCAGUCGACCCGUGCCACUGUCUGCUCGAGCGAGUGAGAUUCUGUGAGAAGCAGUGUCCCGUCUGUGGCGCCCCCUGCAUGCUGGAGAAGAAGGGCCACCAGGUCCACAUGAGCUCCCUCCACAGGCCCAGGGGCUUGUUGCCAGAUGGCUCCAGCUCUCCUGAGUGCGUGGGCACGAACGACGGUCCUGAUACUCACCUAAGUGACUGGCACCUCGACGCUGAAAACAAAGACAGUCACACCGACUGUGUGUACUGGAGAUAUGUCCUGGCACAGUUCAAUGAGAGCUUUGCCAAAGAGCACGGAAGGCAGCCGGAAGAGAUUCCAGAGGACUGGAAUGGGAUCACUCGGAAGGAAGCGCUGGAAAGUCUGGAGGAGGCCUUCACACAGGUGGAGGAGCCACGACGUCCGCUGCACUGAAGGCGCUGAAUGUCAACAGGCUGCGUCACGUCAAUACGUCAUAAUAAAGAAACAAAAUGG